AUGAUCAGUCGUUGCCUGAUUAAGGAUAUCUGUCUGUUGAAAGAUCCCAAGAUAUUCAAUGAAAGAUCAUUAAAUUUUCCAAAUGCAACACAGGGUAAUGUAUUGGAUUUUUCUCUUGUCCUGAAAAAAAAAUCCGCUUUUUUUCUUAUUCUUUUAUUACAUUUUUUCUCUUUUUACUGCUUGUAUUUUCAACUUUCUUUCUUUCUUUCUUUCUUUCUUUCUUUCUUUCUUUCUUUCUUUCUUGCUUGCUUUCCUUCUUUCUUUCUUUCUUUCUACUCUAAAUUCACUUCUUUUUUUCACUACAUUCCUAUUUUUUUCUUCAGUUUUUCUCUUCUUCUUACUAUACAAACUUUUCUAUUUUAUGUUCCCCUCACAUCGUUCUUACAUGCUUCUUUUUCCUCCCCCUUUCAUAACCUUCUUUUCCUCUUUUCUUUCUCACUUGCCCUCCUCCCACAUUUAAACAAUUCACUUUUUUAUUUGUCUUCCACUUCGUCUUUUUCCCUGUUUAUCUGCCACUUCAUUCUGUCACUGAUUCCCCAGGGUCUCUUCCAGAAUAUAUAUCUAUCUAUCUAUCUAUCUAUCUAUCUAUCUAUCUAUCUAUCUAACCCCUUUUUCAUAUCUAUCUAUCUAUCUAUCUAA